CCCUGUUGUCUUGAAAUCACUGAAGUCAGAGAUUCCCGAGUUCCCAGUUGCCUUGAACUCACUGAAGUCAGAGAUUUUCGAGUUCCCAGUUGUCUUGAACGCAGCAUUACAUUACAUGGGACGUGCAAAUUCACCAGCAUCAUGCUCUCUCCCUCCUCUGUGUAAAGAAAUCUAACUACAACCAACUACAGCGUACUCAAAUUGUUCCCGGGAGGCAGGACAGACAGCAGACGGCUUUUCCUGUCAUCGCUCGCGCAGAGAAGAUGCAUAUCGUUCAUUCUAGCGGGAGAGGAAUCGACAGACGCGUGAAUUGAAACUUUUAAAUUAAAAAGUAGCCGAGUUCAUUUAAAGUGGAAAAAGAGCUGGCGGUACGGGGCGGUGUACGGGCGGUGGGGUGUGUUUCCAGGUGAGUGUGUUCAGCCGGUGGCCGCUCCAGACUUCCUGGUUCUCCCUGCUGAGAGGGCGGAGCCUCGUGACAGACACGGCCGUGUUGCCGCCUCCGCUGCAAUCGCCGUGGCGAUGGGCUCUACUGUCGCCGCCCAUGAAUUGGACCUCAACACAGAGGCUGUGGUAGGGUAUGGUGACAGCAGUAGUCUCCAUCUAGAGGGACUGCCUCUACAGGCCAGUCAGUACACCAUGGAGGAGUUCUCCAGGAAGUACUACAGACGGGCUCAGAGACACAGGGACCAGCUGAAGACCAGGAAGGGGAAGGAGACCAGAGAACCAGCUGACAUGGUUACAUACUCUAAGUCCCCUCUCCAGGAGUCUCUGAUAGACUUCACAGACAGCAACAUGAACAAGGUGGCAGCUGACAUCUCCCUGGCUGUGAUGAAGUUCAUGGGAGACUACCCUCUGAAGGGACAGACAGAACAGGACCUGGUCUCAACGAUCCUAAAGCUCAGUGGGGAGUAUGGUCUGAUGAAAGAUGAAGUCUACUGCCAGGUGAUGAAGCAGGUCACAGGAAACACCAGCUCCAAAACGGACAGUUGUCAGAGAGGCUGGAGGCUACUCUACAUCCUGACUGUUAUAGGGGACAGUUGUCAGAGAGGCUGGAGGCUACUCUACAUCCUGACUGCGUUCCACGCUGUUCAGGUCCUGAAGCCCUUCCUGUUAACGUUCCUGUUGGACGCCUGCUCUGGUCCUGGAGUCCACUACCAAGGUAUAGCCAAGGCGUGUGAGCAGAACCUGAGGAGAACCUUCCAGUACGGAGGAAGAAUCGAACACCCCAACAGCAUGGAGCUGAAGGCCAUCAUGGCUGGGCGGAGCUCCAAGAGACAGUUGUUCCUCCUACCAGGCGGCAUCGAGAGACACCUCAAAAUCAAGACCUGCUCAGUGUCUCUGGAUGCUAUAGAGGAGCUAUGCAAUGACAUGGGACUGCACAGACUGGAGGCCAUGGAUGAGUACGCUGUAUUUGUGGUCACACACCGAGGUCAGAAUGUCCGUCCCCUCAAUAAGAGGGAGUACAUCCUGGACAUUACUACGGAGGCGGAGCCAGUGGACAGUAACUACAGCCUGUGGUUCAGGAGGGUCAUCUGGACACAGCCGCUUAAAUUUGACAACGAGCUCUGUGUCACCAUGCAUUAUAACCAGGUGUUACCAGACUAUCUAAAGGCCUUGCUGAGUGUGGUUCCUCAGAGUAAAGCCAGUGAGCAGCAGCUGCAGCAGUUGGCCAAGCUGGCAGCAUUACAACACCGUGCUAAAGAUACCGUCUUCCUGCCCACCAUUGGUGAGGUCCAGGAGUAUGUCCCCCCCCAGCUCUACAUCAGACAGCCUCCUCAGCCCUGGCUCAACAUGGUCACUCAGCAUAUGCAGCAGGUCUCUCCUCUGAGUCCUCACCAGGCCAGGGCUCAGUUCCUCGGUCUGGUCAGUGCGUUCCCGAUGUUUGGUUCCUCCUUCUUCUACAUCCAGUCCAGCAGCAACAUCUCCAUCCUGGCUCCCUGUGUGUUGGCUGUCAACCAGAACGGACUGCACUUCCUACACAAGGACUCACAUGAGGCCACGGCGUGUUACCCUCUAAAUGAGAUCCAGUCCACCAGAACCCAGAGACCAACAGGAGGCUCCAGCUCCUCCUAUCCCUACGUAGACAUUCUGCUGGGAGACCUGCUGACACAGCGAAUCACACAGCUGCAGCUGGAACAGGGUCUGGAGCUGUGUCGGGUCAUUGCCAUGCACAUGGAAAACAUGCUGUCUCUCCGGGAGAAGAGACUCACCCUGCCACCGAGUGAGAUCACUCUGUUAUAACACUGUCUGUCUGUCUGUCUGUCAGUCAGCUACUCAGUCAGUCAGUCAGUCAACCAGCUACUCAGUCAGUCAACCAGCUACUCAGUCAGUCAGUCCGGGAGAAGAGACGUUAGAAGGUGGUAGAUGGUGGUAGAUGGUGGUAGUUAGUGGUAGAUGGUGGUAGUUAGUGGUAGAUGGUGGUAGUUAAUGGUGGUAGUUAGUGAUAGUUGGUGGUAGUUAGUGGUAGAUAGUGGUAGAUGGUGAUAGUUAGUGGUAGUUGGUGAUAGUUAGUGGUAGAUGGUGAUAGUUAAUGGUAGAUGGUGAUAGUUAAUGGUAGAUGGUGGUACUUAGUGGUAGUUGGUGAUAGUUAGUGGUAGAUGGUGGUAUAUGGUGGUAGUUGGUGGUAGAUGGUGGUAGUUAGUAGUAGAUGGAGGUAGAUGGUGAUAGUUAGUGGUAGAUGGUGAUAGUUGAUGGUGGUAGUUGGUGGUAGUUGGUGGUAGUUAGUGGUAGUUGGUGGUAGUUAGUGGUAGUUAGUGGUAGAUGGUGAUAGUUAGUGGUAGUUGGUGGUAGAUAGUGGUAGAUAGUGGUAGAUGCUGGUAGUUAGUAGUAGAUGGUGGUAGUUAGUGGUAGAUGCUGGUAGUUAGUUGUAGAUGGUGAUAGUUAGUGGUAGAUGGUGAUAGUUAAUGGUAGAUGGUGAUAGUUAAUGGUAGAUGGUUGUACUUAGUGGUAGUUGGUGAUAGUUAGUGGUAGUUGGUGGUAGAUGGUGGUAGUUAGUAGUAGAUGGAGGUAGAUGGUGAUAGUUAGUGGUAGAUGGUGAUAGUUAAUGGUAGAUGGUGGUAGUUAGUGGUAGUUGGUGGUAGAUGGUGGUAGUUGGUUGUAGUUAGUGGUAGUUGGUGAUAGUUGGUGGUAGAUGGUGGUAGAUGGUGAUAGUUAGUGGUAGUUUGUGGUAGAUGGUGAUAGUUGGUGGUAGAUGGUGAUAGUUGGUGGUAGAUGGUGAUAGUUAGUGGUAGUUUGUGGUAGAUGGUGGUAGUUGGUGGUAGAUGGUGGUAGUUAGUGGUAGUUGGUGUUAGAUGGUGGUGGUGGUAGUUAGUGGUAGAUGGUGGUAGUUAGUGGUAGUUGGUGGUAGUUAGUGGUAGAUGGUGGUAGUUAGUGGUAGUUGGUGGUAGAUGGUGAUAGUUGGUGGUAGAUGUUGAUAGUUGGUGGUAGAUGGUGAUAGUUGGUGGUAGAUGUUGGUAGUUAGUGGUAGAUGGUGGUAGAUGUUGGUAGUUAGUGGUAGUUGGUGGUAGAUGUUGAUAGUUGGUGGUAGAUGGUGAUAGUUAGUGGUAGAUGCUGGUAGUUAGUGGUAGAUGGUGAUAGUUAGUGGUAGAUGGUGAUAGUUAAUGGUAGAUGGUGGUACUUAGUGGUAGAUGCUGGUAGUUAGUGGUAGAUGGUGAUAGUUAGUGGUAGAUGGUGAUAGUUAAUGGUAGAUGGUGGUAGUUAGUGGUAGUUGGUGGUAGUUAGUGGUAGUUGGUGGUAGAUGGUGGUAGUUGGUGGUAGUUCGUGGUAGUUGGUGGUAGAUGGUGGUAGAUGGUGAUAGUUGGUGGUAGAUGGUGAUAGUUAGUGGUAGUUUGUGGUAGAUGGUGAUAGUUGGUGGUAGAUGGUGAUAGUUAGUGGUAGUUGGUGGUAGUUAGUGGUAGAUGGUGGUAGUUGGUGGUAGAUGGUGGUAGUUAGUGGUAGUUGGUGGUAGAUAGUGGUAGAUGGUGAUAGUUAGUGGUAGAUGGUGGUAAAUGGUGGUAGUUGGUGGUAGUUCGUGGUAGUUGGUGGUAGUUGGUGGUAGAUGGUGGUAGAUGGUGAUAGUUGGUGGUAGAUGGUGAUAGUUAGUGGUAGUUUGUGGUAGAUGGUGAUAGUUGGUGGUAGAUGGUGGUAGUUAGUGGUAGUUGGUGGUAGUUAGUGGUAGAUGGUGGUAGUUGGUGGUAGAUGGUGGUAGUUAGUGGUAGUUGGUUGUAGAUAGUGGUAGAUGGUGAUAGUUAGUGGUAGAUGGUAGUAGAUGGUAGUAGAUGGUAGUAGAUGGUGGUAGUUGGUGGUAGAUGGUGGUAGUUAGUGGUAGUUUGUGGUAGAUGGUGAUAGUUAGUGGUAGUUGGUGGUAGUUAGUGGUAGAUGGUGAUAGUUGGUGGUAGUUGAUGAUAGUUGGUGGUAGAAGGUGGUAGUUAGUGGUAGAUGGUGAUAGUUAGUGGUAGAUGGUGGUAGAUGGUGAUAGUUGGUGGUAGAUGGUGAUAGUUGGUGGUAGAUGGUGAUAGUUAGUGGUAGAUGGUGGUAGAUGAUGAUAGAUGGUGGUAGAUGGUGAUAGUUGGUGGUAGAUGUGGUAGUUAGUGGUAGAUGGUGAUAGUUGGUGGUAGAUGUUGGUAGUUAGUGGUAGUUAGUGGUAGAUGGUGGUAGUUAGUAGGAGAUGGUGAUAGUUGGUGGUAGAUGGUGAUAGUUAGUGGUAGAUGGUGGUAGAUGGUGAUAGUUGGUGGUAGAUGGUGGUAGUUUGUGGUAGUUGAUGAUAGUUGGUGGUAGAAGGUGGUAGUUAGUGGUAGAUGGUGAUAGUUAGUGGUAGAUGGUGAUAGUUGUUGGUAGUUAGUGAUAGUUGGUGGUAGAUGGUGAUAGUUAGUGGUAGUUGGUGGUAGAUGAUGAUAGUUAGUGGUACAUGGUUGUAGAUUGAUCGUUCUGUCUCUACACCACACUGUCACAAGGGGGAGGAAUAACUCUGAUCUAUCGGUAGUCUAAACUGUGGCACAGAUUGACCAUCUUUUCCUAAAUCAAUGGAGGUGUUUUCAGUCUGAUAGUCUCUCUUCUCUGGCAAUAAAGUCCUGCAUCAGGCAACAACACAUUAGCUGGCAGUGGUUCUGGAGUUAAGAGAGAACUUACACUUGACAUGUGGACUUUUUCCAAAAGAAGGCACGGUGGGCUGUUGGUUUCUGUCCCUCUGAAAACCAGAAGAACCAGAAGAAUAAUUCUAAAAAAAAAACUGUCUUUAUUUACCACAUUGUGGAAGAGUAUGAAGGGAGUUUCUGACACACGAAGUCCUCCUUUACUGAGGUGAAGAAGAGACGGGAUGAAAGAGAGUCCGGCGAGGAUUUGUCUUUAAUAAAGAAAUGUUUUGACUGUUUUGUCCAAGUUAAUCUUCUCAUAUUGUGUUCUAUUAUCUGUGACACUGUGGUUGAAAUGAAGAAUGUAAACUAAAUCAAUCUAAUUAAAUCCUAUUCAUAAUGAAUAAUCA